AUGUCGACAAAGUUUGAUCCAAAUAACGCACAAAAUCUUGCAGAGAUCGAAAAGCAAUUCGCCGUCAAAGCAGUAGAGCAUGCUCAGGCAAGGACAUACUGGAAUUUGCUCGAGGCGAUCCCACCUCGCACACUUCGACUGACAAGACUCGACGACGAGAUCUAUGAACAUUUUGUGACCGAGUUUCCGGAACUCGUCGAGAAUCCAGAGCGCAUCAAGGCUCUGGACGAGGAUAUCAUGAAAGACGCCAACGGCAAAGAGAGGUGGAGAAAGUUUAUUGCUGCAUAUGAGAAGCGUGUAGACGACUACAACUUUGGAUCACUCAUUCGCACAGACGCUGCGGGCGAGUACUCGCAGGUCAACUCGAUAUUCGUGACACGCAUGCAAUUCUAUGCUCUCGAGAUUGCCCGAAAUCGUCUUGGAUACAACGAUGCUGUUUACGAGGCAGCUCAACGCGAAAAGGAAAAGGCAAAGACGAAGAAGGGCAAGAAGGCACAGUAG